UGUAGUGCGAGUGUAGUGUAGAAGUGAUUUUGUUUAAUAUUAAUUAACUCAUAACAUUCACUAUGGAAGAAAACGUAGCUUUAGACUCUACAAAGCAGAGGAAGUUUAAUAAAUCGAUUAAAGGAAUUAAAAAGCUUUUAAAGAAAAAUGAAGAUAAACCCCUUAAGCCAGCAGUACUGGCCCCGAAGGAUGACGAAAGUAAAAAAGAAAAGGAGAAGAAAAAGCGCCCAGACAGAGGAUUAGUAUAUUUAUCUCAUAUCCCGCACGGUUUUUAUGAGCAUGAAAUGACACAGUAUUUCAAGCAGUUUGGAAUGGUGACGAAAGUGCGCGUGAUUAGGUCCCCGCGCACCGGCCGCUCCAAGGGCUACGCGUUCGUGGAGUUCCGUGAGCCUGCCGUCGCUGAGAUUGUGGCUGAGACCAUGAAUAACUAUCUCAUGGGGAAAAGGCUGAUCAAAGCUGCCAUCAUUCCACCUGAAAAACAGAAGCACAAAGCCGUCAGGAAAUACUGGAGCACCAAACACAACCCCACUGCCCACAGGAGGGUUAAAGAGAGAAAGGCUCAUAAUGCUGAAAAGACUGAUGACGAACAUUUGAAGAAGGCCAAGAAAAUGCUUUUAAAUCUUCAGAAAACCAAGAAGAAGCUGAAUGACCUAGGUAUAGACUAUGAUUUCUUCAAACCUGUUGAUGUUCCUGCGGCACUGUUAGAAAAUGUGAAGGAUAAAUCUGAGUCAGAAAGUAAAGCUGUUAAGACAAAGACUGAGGCAGAUGAAAAGCAGAAUAAAAAGAAGAAAACAAAUGCUGCACAGACAACAGAAAAGGUGAUAAAAGAAAAGAAGCCAGAAACCAAACAACAGAAAUCUGCUGAAGGAAAAAGCAAGAAAGAGAUCAAGAAGCCUCAAGAAAGUGAUAAGGCAAAACAGAACGAGAAACACAAGAAAAUGCAAGCGGCUGGCGUGAAACUGCCAGAAAACUUCAUCAAAAUUGCAGAAGAGGCGGAAGAGAGUGACAGUUCCGUAGACUUUGACUCUGAUGAGUAUGAGAAGAUGCUGGCGAAUGAUUCAGACGCGUCUUCUGGUGAUGAAAGUGAUGAUAAUGAUGAAGAGGACAGUGAUGAUGAAGAAGAGAGUGAUGAUGAAGAAAGUGAGGAAGAAAUACCACAAUUGAUACCAAUCAAACAGAAGAAGGGAAAGAAGUCUCUUGUAGCUUUGCCUCCGCCUAAGCAAGCUUCCAAGCCUGCCAGUGGUCCUAAAGUACAGAAACCUCAACCGCCCCAACCCAAGAAAGGGCCAAAGCCAGCCAAUGUUGCACAGGGCAAGAAAGCUCCAGCUCAGCAGGCCGUCAAAAGGAAAAACCAACAACCUGAGGUGUCACCCAAGAAGCCUAAGUUUGAGAAGAAAGAUAAGAAGCCAAGAAAUAAACAAUUUAAAAAGAAAAAUAAAGCAUAAGUAAUUGUUUAUAAA